AGGUCCCCGCCCGCCAUGGCCUGCCCGCCGCGCACCCCGCCCAGCUACGGCGGCCGCCGGGACGCCAGCCCGCCGUCCCCCGCCAGGUGCAGCCUCGGACGGAAGCGCAGAGCCGACGGGAGGCCCCGCACCGCCGAGGACGCCGGCCGCAGGCCCGAGAGCUUCACCACCCCCGAGGGCCCGAAGCCCCGCCCGCGAGGCCCUGACUGGGCUGGUGCUGUGGAAGAGGACGAGAUGAGGACCAGGGUCAGCCGGGAGAUGGCCAGAUAUAAAAGGAAACUUCUCAUAAAUGAGUUUGGAAGAGAGAGGAAGCCGUCUUCAGGAAGCUCUGACUCGAAGGAGUCGGCGUCUGCGGUGCCGGCCGACCUGGAGACGGACGAGAGCGUCCUCAUGCGACGGCAGAAGCAGAUCAACUACGGCAAGAACACCAUGGCCUACGACCGCUACAUCCGGGAGGUGCCCAGGCACCUUCGGCAGCCUGGCGUCCACCCCAAGACCCCCAACAAGUUUAAGAAGUACAGCCGGCGCUCCUGGGACCAGCAGAUCCGGCUCUGGAAGGUGGCACUGCACUUCUGGGAUCCCCCAGCCGAGGAGGGUUGUGAGCUGCAGGACAUGCACCCCGUGGACCUCGGCGUCAUGGAGACCAAGUCUGCGGAGAGCAGCGGCGAGUCCCAGCCGGGCUCCCAGGGCACCUGUGAUGCAUACUCUGGCACGCCUACCAAGGUGAGACACGUGGACUACCAGGUGGAAGACGAAUUUGACUUGGAGGCGUGCCUGAUGGAACCCCAGAAGGACCUGUCGUCCUCGAGCUAAGCGCCCCCAGAGCCUGGGCAGCUCUUGCAGUUUUCUUGAGGGACCUUGUCUUCCUGCGUGGUGAGCGUGUUGUGUGUUUGGAAUUGUAACCGGGCUGAGCCUGGGCAGGUGAGCCAAGGUAUCUGGGGCCCAUGCAGCGGCUCCUCCCACCCUCAGGCCAGCUCAGGCGGGCGUGGCUUCCUCUUCAGGUCCCUAACAAGUUGUCCCCCCUACCCGCGUGUCCUCGGGAGUCUCAGACCUGGGACCCUGCUGCCUUGAGUCGCUGAGCGAGUCCCACUGGGCUUGGCACUUGGGGACAGUGUCCUGCCAGCUCUUCCCACAGUGCUGUGGAGUCACAGCCGAGGAACAGUCUCCUGGUUUACCUGUAAAGUUGCUGUAAAUGAUGAUGUGUACAGAUUUUCUGUUUGAUAUUCAAUUGUAAACUUGUUGUUGGAACUGUUAGGUUUCUAUUGCUUUUAUAUGGAAUGAUAAUAAAAAUAAGAAACUCUGA